AUGUUUACUACCGACCAUCAAGAAGAUGGCGAAAGCGGUGGCUUCUUCCACAAGCUUAAGAAGCCGUUCCGCGAGCUCGAGGAGAAGCUUGAAGGAACUCACCUCCAUGAUGCCAAGGUUCACCUUGUCCACAAGAAGCACCAGAUUGGAAAGUUUGCCAACCUCUUUAACGCGAAUCACCGCCACGACGAAGAGCACGAGAAAGCCACCGACGAAAAGCGAGCCAAGAUCGCCGAACAGCACCGUUUCAACUCCUAUUUCCCAGUGCAUGAGGGAAACCAGAUUAAAUGGUAUGUUGAUGGCCGUGAUUACUUCUGGGCCGUCUCCGAAGCUCUCGAGAAGGCCCAGGAGACCAUCUACAUUGCCGACUGGUGGCUGUCCCCCGAGCUGUUCUUGCGCCGCCCACCCCAUUUCAACCAGCAAUGGAGACUAGACCAAGUCUUGAAGCGCCGUGCCGAGGCUGGUGUCAAGAUCUAUGUUCAAGUCUACCGUGAAGUCGAAGCCGCCCUGACCUGCAACUCUGAGCACACCAAGCACGCCUUGCAGGCGCUCUGCCCCGAGGGCUCACCAGGAUACGGUAACAUCAAGAUCAUGCGCCACCCUGACCACAACGUUUUUGAAAAUGCUGCCGAUAUGACCUUUUACUGGGCCCACCACGAAAAGUACAUUGUGAUUGACUACGCUCUGGCUUUCAUCGGAGGUCUUGAUCUCUGCUUCGGCCGCUGGGACAGCCACACUCAUCCCCUCGCCGAUGCUCACCCCGAAGGCGUCCAAAACGAGGUCUGGCCGGGCCAAGAUUUCAACAACAAUCGAAUCAUGGACUUUAAGAACGUCCAGGACUGGAAGCAGAACGAACUAAGCAAGGCUCAGUACGGCCGCAUGCCCUGGCACGAUGUUGCCAUGGGUGUCAUCGGACCUUGCGUCUACGAUAUCGCCGAGCACUUCGUCUUGCGUUGGAACUUUGUAAAGCGUGACAAGUACAAGCGUGAUGAGCGAUUCGACUGGAUCCAGCUGCAAGGUCGACUGGGUGACGACGAGGAUCUUGUGGGAGUUCAGAGGCCUAAGCAUCCUGUGGGAGACUACAUCACUCAUCCUCUCAGUGACCUGAGCACGAAGAACCUGGACAACCGUGGAACGGUUCGCGCCCAGAUUGUGCGAUCAAGUGCCGACUGGUCCAGUGGUAUCUUGACCGACCACUCCAUUCAGAACGCCUAUUCCGAAAUCAUCAGCAAGGCCGAACACUUUGUAUACAUUGAGAACCAGUUCUUUAUCACCGCCACCGGUGACCAGCAGUCUCCAAUCCACAACACCAUCGGACGCGCCAUUGUUGACGCCGUCGUCAGGGCUGGCAAGGAGGGCCGCAAGUUCAGAGUAAUCAUCCUCAUUCCCGCGAUUCCCGGUUUUGCCGGUGACCUCCGUGACGAUGCCGCUACUGGAACUCGAGCCAUCAUGGACUACCAAUUCAAGUCAAUUUGCCGUGGAGAGCACUCCAUCUUCGAACAGGUCAAGGCGCAAGGUAUUGACCCUAGGAACCACAUCUUCUUCUUCAAUCUUCGUUCGUACGACCGCCUCAACAGGACCUCGGCUGUGGAGAAGAGGGAGAAGGACACAGGCGUCAAGUACGCAGAUGUCCAGCGCGCUCAAGCCGAGGAGGUGAUGGGUGCUGGUAUUCACGGCACUAACGACCCGGGACAUCACGAACGUGACGCGCACAUGGGUACCGUGGCGGAUCAGGCCGGUAGAGGCAAGCCGCAGGAAGCAAUCAACGCCAUCGAAGCAAAGCAGAAAUUCGAAGCAAGCUUGGGCGACGGCGAACACAAGACUCAGUGGUCUGUUGCCCACCAUGCCAUGGCCAACUCGGGCUCCAUCGAAGAUGAGGUUUGGGAGGACGAAGAUCCCGAAACCGAGAUCCGCAACUGGAUUCAGGAAGAGCUCUAUAUCCACUCCAAGCUUCUGAUUGUCGACGACCGCAUCGUCGUGUGCGGCUCCAGCAACCUGAACGAUCGCAGCCAGGUCGGCCACCACGAUAGUGAGUUGAGUAUCGUCAUGGAGGACACGAAGCUAGUUCCCAGCACGAUGAAUGGCCAGCCGUACGAGGCAGGGUGGCACGCGACGAGCCUGCGACGCUAUCUCUGGCGUGAACAUCUCGGUCUUUUACCCGCCCAGGACCUUGACGGCACAAACGACCCCAACGCACAGCCGCCUGGAGAUGACUCGCCGAACGAUGCGUGGGACCGCGAUGAGAGCUGGAAGUUUGUAGAGGAUCCGCUCAACGAUGAGAUGUGGAGCAUGUGGACGCAAAACGCAACCAAGAACACGGAGCUGUACAGACAUCUCUUCCACGCCGACCCAGAUGACCAUAUCAAAACAUUCGAGGAUUACGACAGAUAUCUACCUCCCAAGGGACUCAAGUCUGGCCACAUCUUUGACCAGUUUAUGCCUGCCAAGGACGCACGGAAGAAGAUUGACCAGAUCAAGGGUCACCUCGUGUGGUUCCCGCUCGACUUCCUGCGAGACGCCGAGAUGGCUGAGAAGGGGUUGCAAGUCAACCAGUUCACAGAGAGUGUUUACACCUAA